UGUGUGUGUGUGUGUGUGUGUGUGUGGUACGUGUGUGUGUGGUACAUGUGUGAAUGUGAGUGCGUUGUACAUGUGUUUGGUUGGUGUGGUUUGAAUUUCGCGGCGCAGUUUCUGCCUCGCAACCCAAAAGCGACAAACCCAAACAAGCAAUACAACGACCAGACUGCAAGCACAACCAACCAACCAAGGCUCACACAAAGCACGCCAUGGCGUUGAGAAGGGGCAGGAUAGCAGAGGAUGAAGUGGUGGAGGAGGAACGCGGGCUGGCGCAGGGAUCGUCACCUCAGAGACGCGGUCAGCAUGCAAAGGGGGCGAGAAGAACCAAGGGCAAGGACGAGGUGAACUACGAUGAUGAGAGCGAUGUGGAGGAAGAAGUGGUUGGUGGUGGACAUGACAGGGAUCGCACGCAGCAGCGUGGACGUCACGAUGGAGCCACCAGCGACGACGAUGACGACGGCUUGAUUGAAGAGGAGGAGGACAUGGACGACUCGCGCUACUACGAAGACGUAUCACCGAUCCCCAAGCUGUCAGAGCUGCGGCUGACAGGGCUGCCAACGAACCGUACACACAACCGAGAUGACAUGCGACGCAUCCAACGCGAAAACGUCAUGCUCCUCGGCAAACUUGAAGAGAUCCAACGCAAAGGCGGGGCGAUGGACACACGUCCGCACAAGUCGCAGAAGCACGUCGCAUCUUCCAGCGUGAACCGGCGCAAACACCAGCGCGAAACCGCCAACCAGAACAAGGCGUUUCUCAAGCGCCUGCAAGGCGUCAAGAGCACCGUGCCAAAGCCAACAUCGUCCAAGUCCAAGGCAAGGCCAGGGCCUCCACGCCAGAAGAAGCCUGCACGCAAGCUUGUGCAGCCCGAAUGGAACGAUUGAGAGCCAUGAUGGUAGUGAGGGCAGAGAGAGAUAGAGAGAUAGAGAGAGAUGGUGUUGGUUUGGAGGAUGGGGGAGGAUGAAAUGUGAAGAAAGGUGGAGCAGGGAGGGAGGGGGUGGUUGAUGGUGCAUGAUGUAUGCGAGAGAGUGUGUCGUAUUGUGUGCGUGUGUGCGUGUGUGCGUGUGUGUGUGUGUGUGUGUGCGUGCGUGUGUGUGUGUGUGUGUGCGUGUGUGUGUUGUGCACGUACGUGAAGACACGCGAGAGACAGAGAGUGUGUUGUGCACAGCUUGCGUGUGCGUGUGCACAUGGUUGGUGUGUAUUGCACCAUGAGGAACCUCUCACUGUUCCCGCAUUGAGUGCGAAGACGUUUCCGGAUUUGCAUUUCUAUCUGUGCUGAACUUACGCUUUCUGCUGCCUGUUUGAAACUUGGUGAUACAGUUGUUACUGCCAUCCUUUGCACUCCACCGUGUGAGUUGCCUUGCUUUGUAGACAUUCAUGCCCUUUUGUUGUGGACGUGGCCAUCACUGGCAUUUGCCAGUGAACGCACCCAUAUCAUACAAUUCUUGCCGUG